GUCUGUGGUGUAAAGACGAUCGUGAAUAAAAUAAAAAAUUGCUAUUACAUAUUUGAUAUUUAUUUCUAUGAAAUGGAAAUAGAAAAUGCACAAAGUAAUGAAAUUCAAACAGCACCAACUGAAGAUUCUGUGAAGCCUGCAAAUCCGACGGAUCAAGAAACGAAUGCAACGGCCUCUAAAAUAAAUGGAAACGAAGCUGAAGGUGGCGCCCAGCCUUUAAUCUCAAAGGAUAUUCAAAAACCUUCUCCAAAAAAGCCAAAGAAACGGAAACCUAAAACACCGCGUGAUGUUACUGCUCCACGACAACCACUUACUGGUUACGUACGAUUUCUCAAUGAAAGGCGUGAUCAGUUACGUGCUGAACAACCAGAACUUGGGUUUGCAGAGUUGACAAGGCAGUUAGCUAGUGAAUGGAGUAAACUACCCGUGGAAGAGAAACAACAAUAUUUAAAUGCAGCUGACCAAGAUAAGGAACGAUACAUAAAAGAAUGGGCUGAAUAUAAAAAGACUGAUGCCUAUAAAGAGUUCAGGAAGCAGCAAAUGGAACAAAAAGAUGCAGCUAGUUCAUCUAAAAAAAUAAAGCAGAAUACAAAUGUCAACAAUGCUGUGGUAGAUACAGCUGCAACACAAAUAGCCGAGCAGAAUGUGAUCAAUGCAAAUGUGGCUGCUACUGCUUCAGUCAAUAAUGCUGCAAGGCAGCCAACACCACCUCGGCCAAGACCUUGUAUCACACCAGCUUCGGGUGAAGAAAUGGCUGGUGAUACAGAUAUCCCCAUAUUUACAGAUCAGUUUCUACAACACAACAAGCUCAGAGAAUCUGAACUACGGCAGUUGCGUAAAGCUAAUUCUGAUUAUGAACAACAGAAUGCAAUACUUCAACGCCACGCUGAGGAAGUGAGUGCAGCUACGUCAAGACUUCGCGCGGAAACAGCGGCCGCUGCCGAGCGAACAGCAGCACUUGUGACGCAUCGUCGGGCACUAGUCAGCACUUUAGUGCAGGCGUUACAAUCAGUAGCAUUGCCAUUGCAAGGUGGGUCCUCUGGUGCAUCAGAUGGCAAUAUUGAAGAGUACAUGGAGAAAUUGCAAAAUUUUGCAUUAGAAACAAAGAACAAUCCUUUAGUCAAACAGGCCAAGGAUAUUUUAAACAGAAUAGAGCUGCCAUCAAUUUAAAAGGCAUAAAAUAAAAAAGUUCAUACUUA